UUUGGUCGCCCAAAACGUAAAGAGCGUCGUGGGACGCUCGGAUUUAAGAUCAUUAAGGUUGAAGACCUAGGUAAGGGAUGUUCUUCAUAUUCUCUGGAUUAUUCUGAGGGGCCCAUGGUCAGGCAGAUGGACAAGGCCACCAAUAACGGUACUUUGGCUAAAGCUAAGGAAACAGCUCAGAAUGCUCUGGAAACCAGUGCUGAACUUUGCACUCAAGGCACAGUGGAGGUGCUGCAGACAGAACUUAUUGAGAGUUGCUCUUCUUGUGACAACUUAUUGAAGGCUUGGCAGCAAGAGCAGCAGAAACACAGUAUGGUUUUGGCCCAGUAUGAAGAGAUUAAGCUCUCUUUCGCUGAAGCAGAGGAGAGAGCUCAGGAGACCAAAGCUGUCCUGGAACAAGAGCAGCAGAAAUACAGUACCUACUUGGCCCAUUUUGAAGGGAUUAAGAAUGCUCUGCAGCAAGAGAACAAUGAACUGAGGAACUCCAUAGAUACACUGCAAGACUCAGUGGAGAAGUUGGAGGUAGAACUCUGUGAGACCCAGAGGGCUCGACAUCAAGAGCAGCAGAAACACAGUAUGGUUUUGGCCCAGUAUGAAGAGUUUAAGAAUACGCUGAAGUAUGAAAACAACAAACUGAGGGACCACGUAAAUACACUGCAAGACUCCGUGGAGAAGUUGGAGGUAGAACUCUGUGAGACCCAGAGGGCUUGGCAGCAAGAGCAGCAGAAACACAGUAUGGUUUUGGCCCAGUAUGAAGAGUUUAAGAUGCUGUGGGGAUCUUUCUUGGCAAACCUUUGGUCUUUGACCUUCCAGCUCUCUUUGGCUGAAGCUGAGGAGAAAGCUCAGGAGACCAAAGCUGUUCUGGAGCAAGAGCAGGAGGAAUCCAGUGCCUACUUGGCUCAGUAUGAAGAGACUGAGAAUACGCUGCAGCAUGAGAAGAUCGACCAAAGGGACCACGGAAAAACACCACAAGACUUAACGGAGAAGUUGGAAGUUGAACCCUGUGGGACCCAGAGCAUGAGUGAAGAGUUACAGAAUGAAAGCUCGGCAGCAAGAGCAGCCCUGUGCGACGAGAUUAAGCUCUGUUUGGCUGAACCUGAGGAGAGAGCUCAAGAGACCAAAGCUGUACUUGAGCAAAAGCAGCAGAAAAACAGUCCUUUUGGCCAAGUAUGAAGGGAUUAAGAGUUCGCUGGAGCACGAAAACAUCGACCUGAGGGACUACAUAAAUACACUGCAAGACUCAGUGGAGAAGUUGGAGGUUGAACUUUGUAAAUUUCCCCUUGUGGGAUAAUAAAAGGCUAUUUUAUCUUAUCUUGAACUGUGUGAGACCCAGUGUCCUUUUGGUCCCAAAGCU